AAAGCCGACUCUGGAGAGCCCGCUGUGGCGGCGGUAUUAUGGCGGACGUGUUAAACGUCGGAGUGAACCUGGAGGCUUUUGCCCAGGCUAUUAGCGCUAUCCAGGCGCUGCGCUCCAGCGUUAGUAGGGUGUUCGACUGCCUGAAAGAUGGCAUGAGAAACAAGGAGACACUGGAGGGCCGGGAGAAGGCUUUCAUUGCGCACUUCCAGGACAACUUGCAUUCCGUCAACCGGGACCUGAAUGAGCUGGAGCGGCUGAGCAACUUGGUAGGCAAGCCAUCUGAGAACCAUCCUCUCCAUAACAGCGGACUCUUAAGCUUGGAUCCUGUGCAGGACAAAACUCCUCUCUAUAGUCAACUCCUUCAAGCAUAUAAAUGGUCAAACAAGUCUCCCUUCCAUGGAGUGGCUGGUGGGUUACUAAACCAAGAGUCUCUUCUUGCUAGGGCCAGUGCACAGGGCCUGAGAGCUAGGCAGAGGCCUAACAGCUUGCUACCACCGGAAUAUGUUGAUGACGUGAUCAGCCGCAUUGACAGGAUGUUUCCUGAAAUGUCAAUCCACUUAUCCAGACCCAAUGGAACAUCAGCAAUGCUUCUGGUGACCUUGGGAAAGGUGUUGAAAGUGAUUGUCGUCAUGCGGAGCCUGUUCAUUGAUCGAACAAUAGUAAAGGGAUAUAAUGAAAAUGUGUACACAGAAGAUGGCAAGCUUGAUAUAUGGUCCAAAUCCAACUAUCAGGUGUUCCAAAAGGUGACAGACCAUGCCACUACUGCCCUGCUCCACUAUCAGCUGCCCCAGAUGCCAGAUGUCGUGGUCAGAUCCUUCAUGACCUGGUUAAGAAGUUACAUAAAGCUGUUCCAGGCCCCAUGCCAGCGCUGCGGGAAGUUUCUGCAAGAUGGCCUUCCCCCCACGUGGAGGGAUUUCCGAACCCUCGAAGCCUUCCAUGACACUUGCCGGCAGUAA